AUGUUGUUUAUUAAGGGCAAGGGUGUAAUCGGCAAAAAACAGCGGCUAAAUCGGUUGAUUGGCAACCCUAUAGCACAUGCAUCGGCUUGUUUUGGCAAGCUACAUCGGCUAAUUUUGGCUGAUGCUACUGAACGUUGGGAGCAUGAGCCGAUGUUUGACGACGAGGUCUUCCGUACGAGAUAUCAUAUGUCGAAGCGGUUGAUUUUGAAAAUCGUUGAAGAUAUCACUGCAUCAUUUCCAUGGUUUCGGUCUUCUGCGAAUGCGACGGGGGUUCUCGGCAAUUCAAAAGUGCACGUGCGCGCUACGCUUUAUGGUGAAGAGUAUUUGCGUUCUCUUACUAGCCACGAUGUUGCGCGUUUAUAUGAGGCGCAUGAAGCUAGACAUCAUUUUCCUGGCAUGAUCGGUAGCAUUUACUGUACCCACUGGACUUGGAGAAAUUGCCUACAUAGUUUGCGUGGGCAAUACCACCGGUGUGAUCAUGAACACCCGACUAUCAUACUUGAGGCUGUUGCUUCCUAUGAUUUAUGGUUUUGGCAUGCGUAUUUCGGUGUUGCAGAGUCAAACAAUGACAUCAAUGAUUUGAAGCAAUCGCCAUUGUUUAUUCCCGAAGUGAAUGAGAAGUUUCCUGAGUACCCAUUUACAGUAAAUAGUCACCGUUACAACAGAGGAUUCUAUCCAGGGGAUGGUAUUUACCCACAUUGGUCUUGUUUUCUGAAGGCGUAUGCAUACCCAUUCGCUCGUAAGGAGAAAGUAAUGAAGAAACUCCAAGAGUCUGCGAGAAAAGACGUUGAGCGAGCAUUCAGGAUUUUGAUAUACAAAUGGGCUAUCAUCGAACGACCGACACAGAUGAAGAACAAAGAAAAGAUCGUUAACAUAAUGUAUGCGUGUGUUAUUUUACAUAACAUGAUCCUCAAGGAAGACGGCAACACGAUAUCACCGGUGUACAUCAUGGAUCCUCCUAACGAUCUUCGGGUUACUGACCCUAAUUUUCUCUAUCACUUACGUAACGAAGAGACGCACUAUGUUACGUCGUAA